AUGACUAAGACAGGGAGUGUGUCCAAAAGCCAGAAUCGUGGUGAUGGAUGUAGCAGGAAGAGGUCCAUGACUGUUGGUGCAGCACCUUGUGGAGUUUGUAAGUCAUGGAGAUCACUUGCACUCUCUAACAAAACCAGGUUUAUGGAAUCCAAACCACCCGUGUCCAUAUGGAUCUCAGAGCAGGGUAAUAAGAGAGAGUACUCCCUGCAUGAAUUUGACGGAAGAGAGUUCAAAUUUCUCAUUCCCAAAUCCAGUCGAAAGACCUGUGUUGGAUUAACUUGUGGUUAUUUGGUCUUAUUCAGGAGAAAACCACGUGACUUUUGGCUUAUGAAUCCUAUUACAAGGCAUGGACUUCGUUUCCCCAAAGUCCCCAGUUAUCUUGAACCGGAUGAAGAAGGAGUCAGGGCUAUUCUAGUCUUUUCAUCCUCAAUAUCUGCAUGGGUGCUUGUGGUCUUAUGUAGAUGCACCUCCAGAAUAUGGUUUUCAAUAUCUGGUAAAGCAGAAUGGAAUUAUGUCUCCUCCAUUUCCAGCAUCAUUGAUUUGCAUGAUUUCAAGGGGAAGAUAUAUGCAAUCGACAUGGGUUCUCGUUUGUAUGAACUUGGGCUUGAUCCGGAGCCCAAACUAAUGUUACUCAAAACCAAGAAUAUUCUGGAGGCAGACUUGGUAUUUCUGGAGUUUGUAUGUUCCAGUGAGACCCUUUAUGCUAUGGAAUGCAUUUCCUUUCAUGAGUACGAGGUUCAUGAACUAGAUUUUGGUGAAAUGAAAUGGGUAUCUCCAAAUAAAAAGAUAAUGGAAGAAUAUGCAUUUUUGGCUAGCGACUUGAAGCAUAGUGCUGCUAUCAAACGAGAGUUGUGGUCUAACUCUUGGUUGCAGCAUUACGAGAAAUGUGCUUACAAUUAUACAAGUGGAAAUGGCGUGUUUUUUAAUGAAACCAUAUGGUACUUCCCUAAUGAUUGUUUGAAAGUUGAUCUCAAACAAAAAGGAUAUUAG